AUGUCCAACAGCAGCUCCAUCAGCCAGUUCCUCCUCCUGGCAUUUGCAGACAGGUGGAAGCUGCAGCUCUUGCACUUCUGGCUCUUCCUGGGCAUCUACCUGGCUGCCCUCCUGGGCGACGGCCUCAUCAUCACCACCAUCGCCUGUGACCACCACCUCCACAUCCCCAUGUACUUCUUCCUCCUCAACCUCUCCCUCCUCGACCUGGGAUCCAUCUCCACCACUCUGCCCAAAGCCAUGGCCAAUUCCCUCUGGGACAACAGGGACAUCUCCUGCAAGGGAUGUGCUGCACAGCUCUUUCUCUUUGCCUUCUUAAUUUCAGCAGAGUUUUCUCUCCUGACCAUCAUGUCCUACGACUGCUACGUGGCCAUCUGCAAACCCCUGCACUACAGGACCCUCCUGGGCAGCAGAGCUUGUGUCCACAUGGCAGCAGCUGCCUGGGGCCCUGGGUUUGUCCAUGCUUUGCUGCACACAGCCAAUACAUUUUCCCUGCCCCUCUGCCAGGGCAAUGCCCUGGACUACUUCUUCUGUGAAAUCCCCCAGAUCCUCAAGCUCUCCUGCUCACACUGCUACCUCAGGGAACUUGGGCUUCUUGUGCAGAUCUUCAUUGAGCAGAAGCACUGUCAGCUGGAGCAGAUGAAGACCAUGGGCAGCACCAAGGUGGGGGCCUUGGGGCUGAAGUCCUCCACCUGCAAAAGGGCAAGAGCCAUGCUGUGGCACUGCCUGAGCUGUGCAGCUGAGGCAGCAGCUGAAGGACAUCAAGGAGCACUCCUUCAGCAGCUCCCAGGUGAAGAGUGGAUGGCCAUGGAGGCCUGGGAGAUUGGCAGGGCUGGUGGCAAAGUGGGCCAGCGCUGGGACUUCAGCUGCCAGCAGCUGGACCACAGUCCCUGGUGCCGCGCCGGGCUGGACCCUGGCAGGGAGCUCUGGUACCGGCCGCGGGCGGCCGGGCUGCUGUAG